AGAAGCUCCGUCGACGUCUCGUUCUCUUCGCCUAUUGCAAAUUUUAUCGACGGCGAAGGAUAAAUAUUUUGAUUUUGAGAAAAAGGAGACGAGUGUCGGUGAUAUAGACAAAUUCGUGAAUUUGCGUGGUUCGCCACGAUGUUGACCGUGCCCAGUCUUGGCACCCUCAGUACGGCCUACCAGAUCAAGAACCCGGCAAAUUCUGGGUCCUAUUUGUACACGCAUCCGCGAAAUUUUUUCGAUUCCCCGCUUAUGCACUUGCUGGAACCCGAUGCUCUCGGGCCAUUGCAAUCUUCUGCAGAGCGUUCUUCUCGUUGGGUGUUCAGUGGUGGGCAAGCUGACCCGAACCCUCUCGGGUCUCCCUCAACAACAAAUGCUUCAACUUCCAACCAUGCCACAGUGAUGAAUGUAACCUCACCUGCGUCCAUGUCAGGAAGUGGACAAGGUAGCAAAAACAGCGCUGCUGAAUCGUCUUCUGGCAGCACUUCAUCUGUGGGAACCACGGACUCUCUCUACUUUGAAGUGAGAUACGUGGGGAGAAUCAGGGUGUCGCAAAGCAAAGGCCCUCCGUCCUUCAUAGAAGACGCCCUGGAAAAGCUGAAACAGGUCGAGAGCCAGAACAAAUCUGGGUCCUCCACGACCCCCCAGCAACAACACCCACAACAAUCGCAGCAACAGCAGAAACCAAAUGAGCAAACAAAGCCCGCAAGCACGAUGAUGCAUCCGCCUUCACAUCCAUCGACGUCGUCCUUGUUGGCCGCUGCCAAGGCCUAUUUGCCCAGUUCCCCGAAAAGGAAAGAAGUGUCCUUUAACGAAUCCCUGUUGACCUGCAACAAUAAGCACCGGGAUCACGACAAAUACCCGCCGAGGCCGCAUUCGCCGCAACCAGGCUCAGCAGUCGCGACGAAACCCAUUCCGCUGGGCACUGUUGCUGGGGUCGGCGUCAGCAAGGAUGCUGUACAGGUUGCCGUCAUCCCGCCCACCCCCGAGGACCGGUUCCUUGCCAACAAGGCUUCGCCUGAGGUUCGUCGGUUGACAAGAAACAGAACUGCUAGUGGAAGCGAGGUUCCGAGAAGCCAAAACGCACCAGAACCGGUCGAAGGUCUUAAUCAAGGGACAUCGGACAGGAGAAGUGCGGGACCGGAAGACAACAAUCACCGGAAGCAUUCAGCAGACUCGACAACAUCAUCGACAGCCGGUGACAAAUCGUCAUUGUCGGCAUCUGCUUCCGGAACUCAGACGGGUUCUUUGCAAACUUCCAAAAACCGGACGAUGGUUUUAUGCAUCAGUUCAACGACUGUCAGCAUCGUGAGUCCUGACAAGAAAUCAGAGUUGCUCAAGCGAUCGAUUCGAGACAUCACUCAUUGCUCUCAGGGUAUUCAACACUCGGACCACUUUGGCUUCAUCUGCCGGGAACGAGCCAUAGAUUCCUUUGUCGGAUACAUUUUCCAGUGCCAAUCUACCAACAUUGUGGAGUACAUCAUGAAGGCUAUUCAAGUCUGCUUCCAGGCAGCAAUGGAAGCAUCCAGACAAGAGCUUCGAGCCGAAGGACUCUGCGAAUAUUGUCCACUAGCCUGGUAUCAGAGGCUCUGUGCAGUUGUCAAUGGUUUGGCCCUGCCAAAGGCUUACCAAGUUUUAGCAUCCAAAGUAGACGGACUUCCAGAGAAAGACCGGGAUCUCAUUUUAGCCAAGUUGCAAGGAGGCGAACCUUUCGACACGCUCAAACAGAAAAACACUCUGCUCAUGAUGUUGAUCAGGGCUCAUUGCGAAGCUAAACAAGCUGAACAUAGCCACAAUCUUCCCGCGCGAAAUAAUGAGCCGAUCGAGAAAAGCGUGAGUUUUCCAUUGAUUCUGGGAAAAGCCAAGAAGAGCUUUCUCGAAUCUUUUUUAAAGCAAGGUUCUACUGAAGACCUGAAGAAAUCCAACGGGAAUCUGGACGACGAGCGACGAUCAAGCAUGAGUGCGACAGCGACGAAACAGAAAGUUGAGCUGAAGGCUCGGUGUGAAUCAGUCGCAAAAGACACCCACUUGGACUCGGUAAAACAAUCCAGGAUCCUUGGGUCUCGAUCCCCGACCCCAGCUGACCAGCAUUUGCUCGCCAACAAGCCUCGAAACACCAAAUCACCAUUUUUGGGGCAAAAGGCGACCAAGAAAGACCUUGAUGAGGAAUCAGAUGACCGGGAAAUCAGCCCACAACCAGUCUUGAGACCCAGGUCUACCACUUUAUCUACUUCCGGAGGCACUAGACUGAAGAAAGAAUUGGCCAAGAGCAGACUUGCUGGGGAUACAAGUGUUUCUAGUGGCGAAAGGGCCACAGAACAGGGAAGAAACUCACCUGUUUCCGGAGAAACUCCUCCGAGAUUGCUGGUUCAAACGUCACCGUUGAGCAUCUCAGCGCAAAAUGUUCCUCUGGAACAGGCCAAACAUGGCGAACACUCAUCGUCAGCGUCGACACUGUCGGCGUCCCCGACGACUCGCCUGACACAAACCGGCGACGUCAGCUCAUGGCGGAAACUCAUUUUCCAGCGCAUAGUUGCUGCUCCAAACACGCCAAACGAGAUCCCGGGCGUGCUGCAAGGCGUCGGCUCGGCGGACCCGGCUGCAAAACGAGACUGGAAACAGCUCAAAUUCCUCUGGAAAAGGGCCACUUUCAAGCAAAUUCUCACUAAGAGAAUCGAAGCCAAACUCUCCAGUGCUGGAAUGUCGGCCUAUGAGCGAAGAGUGUCGUCGGUGUCGAACCACUCUGGGAUGGAUCUGUCGACAGUGACGUCAGGAAAGACGUCGUCGGGUUCGAAUCAAAAGCAGAAAAAUGCUCAGACGGCAGAAGCUGACGCAAAAUUGUGUUACGAAGACGUCGGAGUUGGGAUUGAUGUUGAUGAGGAAGAUGAUGAUCACUGGUCACUUUUGCUGAGAGCUGACGAAGUGCAUUGUGACCGAAUCGAACCCAGGUUGCUGGAAGAUUCCGUGCGAAAAGGGGUUCCUCGUCGAGUUCGGGGUAAAGUGUGGCAAUUGCUGGUGCAUCACACACGAGCUGUUGAGGCAGACAAGAAAGAGUCUAAACCGAGACCGGAUUUGCACUCGGAUUUCCCCUUCACAACUCCUUAUGAAGAGCUGCUGAAACAACUCACUGCUCAACAACACGCCAUUUUGAUUGAUUUGGCAAGGACAUUUCCAACCCAUCCCUACUUCAGCCAGCCGUUGGGUCAGGGCCAGCUGGAACUUUUCAACCUUCUCAAAGCCUAUUCCAUCUUGGAUGGCGACGUGGGCUACUGUCAAGGCCUGUCAUUCAUCGCAGCUUUAAUUAUCAUGCACAUGGAUGAGAAAAGUGCCUGGGACACAUUUCUCCACGUGCUAGUGGAACGUGAUCUACGAUCUCAUUACGUGGGGAACCUGGGUGGGCUGCAACUCUGCCUGUACCAGCUCUCACGACUGCUGGUGGAUCGCAGGCCAGAACUGGCCCAGCACCUGGAUGACCUGAGUGCCCCACCGACCCUCUACGCGUCACCCUGGUUCCUGUCCAUUUUCACUGCGGAUUUUCCCGUCGGAUUUGGCGUCAGGGUCAUGGACCUCAUUUUGCUACAAGGAAAAUCUGCACUGAUCAAAGUUGCACUGGUUGUCCUGGAGCGUUUUGAAGAAGAGUUGAUGAUUCAAGAUUCGUUGGAAGAUAUCAUGGAGUACCUGAAAACCACUCUACCUCAACAUAGUCUGUUUCUGGCAAAUCCCAUUAUACAAACGGCUGCUGACCUGGACAUUCGUGCUCAGCUGUUAACGUACGAGAUCGAGUACCAGGUGCUGCAGGAAGAAAUCGGGGUCUCGUCGGCCGAAGCGGAACGUAAGAAGGAUCAGCACGCCAAAAUCGUGGUGAACCUCCAACGUCACAACAGGUCAUUGCUCGAGAAGCUACUCUUUGCUUUGCUAACGCACGUCUUUGAAGUCCCCGAAAACCGAGUAGUCGCAGUCCAACUUUACGCCUACUGCCUCUUUUACUUCGUCGAGCUCCCUUUUGAGGCGACAAACAACCACGUGCGAGAGUUGGAAUGGCAGCGACAAACGAGUCCGCCUUCAAUCGCAGACGCCGUCAUCAAACCCAUUUCCCCCUCGGCCUCUUCCGAACUUUUGGCGAAUUCCGGAGGCGUCAAAUCUGCGCGAAUGUCGCGUCUCAGCGUUCGCACAGACUCGAUGGAACAUUUACAAAAACCCAUGGCACAAUCGUCAUCGACAUCGAGGCUGCCGGACAAUCGCAAAUCCGGACUGCAGCGCGAAAACCAUCAGAUGAUUUCUGCGGCCGCUUUGCGUCAAGUUGGCCAAUCUAUGCGAGAAUCUCGGUCGUACAGUCAGCAACACACACAACAACAUCAUCAUUCCAGGCAACGAGACCUGGAUGAUGAUGACGAUUUGUUUUGCGAAGAACCCUAUGGGUCCAAUUUUGGGUCCGGGUCCGGGUCUGGCUGGUUCUACGACCUCGCCCCGGUUCCGGUGAUUUCCAUCAAGCCAGAAGAUUAUGUCACUGGAUCCGUGAGCGGAAGUACCAGUCACUUGCAAAGCGUCGGAAGUCAUCGUCGAUUGUCGCACGACGAGUACGGAGUUCCUUCGUUUUGCCUGACCCCGAAGAAGGAGACGGAUCCGAUUUACGAUGGACCCAGGUCAAAUUCGGAGCCGAAUCAUCGACGAAUCGCCGAAGACGUCCACUUGGCACUUAUGGACUCUGGUGACGACGACUGCGAGGCCGAGGAUGACGCGACAGUUCGUGACUGUCGAUUGCGACUUGCGGGGAUCCGACGAGGCAUUGAAACGGGCAUCAAAAGACUCGCAGAAUACCGGAAAAGUGUGCAUACUGCUGAAGAUGAGCUUCUGAACCUGCGUCGGGGUGACGUGUUUUCGUUUGGCGCCAUUGAAGAAUUGGCGUCGACAACAGCGAAAUUGCAGUCGGCGGAAUUGCAACUAAAAGCCGCAGGGGACUGUUUGGACAAGGCUUAUUCCCAUUUGCCAUCGAAUCUUCGUGGAACAGAUUGAAAGAACCCACAGGAAACAAUUGAAGGAGAAAAAUAUGGCAUUUGUCUUGCUUCGAAACAAGCCAAAUUAUCGUUGUCUGUGAUGCUCAAAAUAUGCAAAAAAAAGAGAAAAGAAAUAUCCUCUAAAAGUGCUUUGGCCCGUAGGCGAGAAAAAACUGAAAUGUUUCAGCAAAGCUUCUCACCUUGUUUUAGAUUUUUUUUUUACGAUGGAAAUUCCUUUUCAUUUUGCCAAUUGCGGAAUUCUCUUGCUUCAUGGGUUUUUCCCUACUCUGCAGCCUGUUUUGUGUGUUGCAAACAUAGGUUCAUUUCAAGCUUUAUCCUCGAAUUGAUUAAAAACCCAAAUGCUGACUCAAAUGGA